AUGGGAUUUUCUAGGCAAGGUGUUCUUUGGUAUCUCGCCAAUGGACUAUUACUACUACUUAUGGGCUAUUAUGCGUUUAUGACCCCUUAUACAAAAGUCGAAGAGUCCUUCUCAAUGCAGGCUAUUCAUGAUAUCCAAACUUACAAACUAGAUCUUUCAAAGUACGAUCAUCAAAAGUUUCCUGGGCCUGUCAAAAGGAGCUUUAUUCCUAGCCUUAUCAUAGCUUUCGUUUCCUACUUGCCUGCUAAACACUUUUCUUCCCUUUUGGCAGUACGAUGGACCAUUGGCUUUCUUUCUUGUGAAAGCUUUAUGGCCGUAGGAAAAGCUUUAAGAAAACGUUUUGGGUUCUUCGCCGGUAUUUCAUUUCUUUUAAUAGCGGCCGCUCAAUUUCAUCUCGUAUACUAUAUGUCCAGACCAUUACCCAAUGUUUAUGGACUCGUGCUUACAAAUUCCGCUUUGACUUUACUACUUUCGGGGAAGUACUAUACGUCUAUCUCCGUCCUAGUGUUUGCUGCUGUCAUCGUCCGCUCUGAGAUCUUUCUACUUUUAAGCGUACUUUCCUUAUGUCUUCUUGGCCAACGCAGAGUUCAUUUAGUUCGACUUUUUGUUAUCGGCGUCUUGUCUUCUGCAACCGCCCUUGCUUUCACGGUUUUCAUUGAUUCAUGGUUUUGGGGAACAUGGUGCUGGCCCGAACUUCAAGCGUUCGCUUUUAAUGUUUUAGAAGGAAAGUCUUCAGAAUGGGGAACAAGUCCAUUUUAUUAUUAUUUCAUUAGGAUUCCUUGGAUUAUGCUGAAUCCUACAUUAUUUCUUUUUGGACUCGUAUCUUUCCUUACUGUUCGUUCGUCAAGAAUCCUCCUUUAUGUUCCUUUUGCUUUCGUCUUUAUUUUUUCAUUUUUGAAACAUAAAGAAUGGAGAUUUAUCAGUUAUAUCCUUCCAUGGAUUGAUGCAUCCUGUGCAACUGGUUUCGCAUAUCUGAUGCGACCGAAGGAUCAAAAUAAAAUGAAUCAUAAUUUUAGGAAGCUAGCUUUCAGUGGACUUAUCAUUGGGGUUUCUUUUGGGAUUUUCGCAAGUUCUCUAUUGCUAAAAGUUUUUACAUUUGCUUAUCCUGGAGGCGCGGCACUGGAAAAAGUGCACUCAAUGAAUACUAAUCCAUAUGAAACCGUUCAUUUGGACACCUAUCCUUGUAUGACAGGCAUCACACGUUUUCUACAAAAACCAAACUGGUAUUAUGAUAAAGAGGAAGAUUCUUCUCGUUUAAACGACGACCUGUUUCAAACCCAGUUUCACUAUAUCAUCACCGAUACUCCAAAACUUUACGAAAGAAAUUUCAAAGUUUUACAUAUUGUCGGAGAAGAUCGAAAUAUUCCUGUAAUAUCUGCUUCCCCAAUAUUUGGUGCUUUUAAGCUAAAUAUUUCAAACUCUGCCUUCCCUGUAUACAUUUUAGUUCAGCCACCUACUAUGACGGAGAAAGUAUCCAUACAAGACUAUAAUAAAUAUAUUGGUCAACCUGUGAACAAUAUCAAAAACUGGCCUGAGGUGUAUCGAAUCGUCAAACCAGGGGGCAUUAUGACUCGAGAUUAUCGUGAAGAGCGACUAAACUUUUUUACUACGGAUGAUGGAAUUCUAGAUCAUAUAACCCAAGGUUAA